CCGGUUAAUUUAGUUAAAACUGCUUUCAAUUUGGAUAUAAUUCUUUUUUGUUUUGUUUACAAACAGAUAAAUAAUUAAUAAGUAAACAUAUUUACUUUUCUGUGGUUACCAUUUGCCAUUUUUGUAGGUUAUCACGUAAAUGCGUUAUAACAUGUAAUAGCGUUUUAAUUUCGCGUUGUAUAGCGAUGGAGAAAUUCUGCACGUGCAGCUGUUAUUACACGGAUAAUAUAUUUUUAGAGCAAUAUAAGCUCCAUGUGCGUUUCACCUCGGAAGAGCAGUUUAAAAAGGACUAUCGACACAUACAGACGUUUAUUCAUUCAUUCAUUCAUCUUCUACCGCUUAUCCGAACUACCUCGGGUCACGGGGAGCCUGUGCCUAUCUCAGGCGUCAUCGGGCAUCAAGGCAGGAUACACCCUGGACGGAGUGCCAACCCAUCGCAGGGCACACACACACUCUCAUUCACUCACGCAAUCACACACUAGGGACAAUUUUUCCAGAGAUGCCAAUCAACCUACCAUGCAUGUCUUUGGACCGGGGGAGGAAACCGGAGUACCCGGAGGAAACCCCCGAGGCACGGGGAGAACAUGCAAACUCCACACACACAAGGUGGAGGCGGGAAUCGAACCCCGACCCUGGAGAUAGUCCAGUCCCUGGGUUGUGCCUCUGAUGCCCAGUACAAUGCUGUUCUUGAAAAAAUCCAUGCUGAAGUUGAGAGGCGCCGGAAUCUCGAGACACAAUCAGCAGAGAGAAAAUCAAUCAUCAAGGAGACUUACAAACCGCUCCAUCAGCAUGUCUACAGCUUACAGGAAUCUUUUUUGGCCCCUGAAUUUGUAGAAAUAGUGAACUACAGUCUUGAAGACGGCGCCAGUGAAGAGGGACUGCUGGAGCUCAUAACAUCCGAGGCUGCACCCAGGGUGUAUCGAUUCCCCGUGUUCACACAGGAUUUCUGUAAGGACCUGGUGGAAGAGCUGGAGCAUUUUGAGUGCUCUGAGGCCCCGAAGGGUCGACCGAACACCAUGAACAACUACGGGAUCCUCCUGAACGAGCUGGGCUUUGAUGAGGGUUUGAUGACUCCGCUCCGAGAGCUGUAUCUGAAGCCCAUUAGCUCGCUGCUGUACCCAGACUGCGGAGGGAAAUGGCUGGACAGCCACAAGGCCUUCGCUGUGAAAUACUCACUGAACGAAGACCUGGAGCUCAGCUACCACUACGACAACGCUGAGGUCACGCUGAACGUCUCACUCGGGAAAGACUUCACUGACGGAAACCUGUACUUUGGGGACAUGAGACAGGUGCCGCUGAGCGAGACGGAGUGUGUGGAGGUGGAGCACCGUGUAGCCGAGGCCGUGCUCCACCGCGGGCAACACAUGCACGGUGCUCUGCCCAUCACGUCAGGGUGCCGCUGGAACCUGGUGCUGUGGAUGCGAGCGUCGCGUCACAGGAACCGUCUCUGCCCCAUGUGCAACCAAGUACCAAGACUACAGCCUAGCGACGGCUACGGAGACGGAUUCACAGAGGAGGACACCCGGCUGUGUGUUUUAACGUGACGUGUUAAUGGAGAAAUUUGUCAUCAGAAUCAGAAUCAGAAUCAGGUUUGUUGGCCGUGUGUUGACACACACAAGGAAUUUGGUUCUAGCUGUUUGUGACUCUCAAACAGACAUACAAACAGUCAUUUCGGGUGUCCAGGAUAAACUGAUUUUAACUUCUGUUUCACUUCCUCUGAAAUACAGCUCCUUACAUUUUAAAGCUUUAAGCUGGGGGAAGAGCUUAUUGUAGGGCCAGAAAAAAUGCACAUAAAGCUUGAAAUGAAGUGAGACUUACACAAGUGUUCAUGUGAAACAUGACAUGUGAAAGCUAGCACCUUCAUGCCUACAGUACGAGAAUCACAUCUUAGAGCAGCUACAACUUUACAGCUUUAACUGUGUAAUAUUGAACUAAUGUAAUUAAUACAGAACUUGAAAAAAAAAAUACAAAGGACACCUUUAAUCUUUAGCAGUGUGACAGCAAAUUACCAGAAGAUACGUUCAUGGAUGUUGAGCACUGAGCCUUUAAAUGCAAAGUAACUGGAUCCGGAUUUUUAUAUGAUCCAAAUCUUGUGUGUGAACACAAUCAAACUAUUCUGUAUGUUUUGGGGGAAUAAAUGAAUGAAUAAAUAAAUAAAUAAAUAAAACAUUUUGUCUGGAA